AGGUUUAACAGAGCAUCUCUGAUCAAUGUGGGCUUCCUGGAGAGUGGCAAUGACACAGACUACAUUGCCAUGCAUGACGUGGACUUGCUGCCUCUCAAUGAGGAACUGGACUACAGCUUCCCAGCCACUGGCCCUUUCCAUGUGGCAUCACCUGAGCUUCAUCCUCUCUACCACUAUAGCACCUACGUGGGUGGCAUCCUGCUGCUCACCAAGCAGCACUACCGAAUGUGCAAUGGAAUGUCCAACCGCUUCUGGGGCUGGGGCCGGGAGGAUGAUGAAUUCUACCGUCGUAUCAAAGGGGCUGGACUUCAACUCUUCCGGCCCUCAGGGAUAACAAGUGGAUAUAAGACCUUCCAACACCUGCAUGACCCAGCGUGGCGCAAGAGAGACCAGAAGCGCAUUGCUUCCCAGAAGCAG